UCUUACCUCACAGAGGUAGCUCCUCCGCCGGCAGCAACUCGGCGCCCGCGGUCCAUGGACCGGAACCCUGGGCUGACGGGUAGGAACCUGGGCCGCGAUCGCCGCCUCCCUACCCCAGUCUCCUCCUUCUUGCUCCUCACCGCCACCUCCGGACGCCCACUGGCCGCGCACCGUCGCUGCCGACUUCGCAGAGCCGUUCUGAAACGCUGGGUGGUGGGUUCGCGGCUGCCGCCGGACUGAGGCCUACUCUGCCGCCGCCGCCGCCGCCUCUCAGUGCUAUUGUCCCUGGGCCCGGCCCUGACCGGGUCCACUGGAGAGGGCCGAGCGCGCCGGCUCCGCUGAAGAUGCCGGACCAAGCCUUACAGCAGAUGCUGGACAGAAGUUGCUGGGUGUGUUUUGCCACUGAUGAAGAUGAUAGAACAGCUGAAUGGGUGAGACCAUGCAGGUGCAGAGGAUCUACAAAGUGGGUUCACCAGGCCUGUCUACAGCGCUGGGUGGAUGAAAAACAAAGAGGAAACAGUACAGCCAGAGUGGCAUGUCCUCAGUGCAAUGCUGAAUACUUAAUAGUUUUUCCUAAGUUGGGUCCAGUUGUUUACGUCCUGGAUCUUGCAGAUAGACUGAUCUCAAAAGCCUGUCCAUUUGCUGCAGCAGGAAUAAUGGUUGGCUCUAUCUAUUGGACAGCUGUGACAUAUGGAGCAGUGACAGUGAUGCAGGUUGUAGGUCAUAAAGAAGGUCUGGAUGUUAUGGAGAGAGCUGAUCCUUUAUUCCUUCUUAUUGGACUUCCUACUAUUCCCGUCAUGCUGAUAUUAGGCAAGAUGAUUCGCUGGGAAGAUUACGUGCUCCGAUUAUGGCGCAAAUACUCUAAUAAACUGCAAAUUUUGAACAGUAUAUUUCCAGGAAUUGGUUGUCCUGUUCCUCGAAUUCCAGCUGAGGCUAAUCCUUUAGCAGAUCAUGUCUCUGCUACACGAAUUUUGUGUGGAGCCCUCGUUUUUCCUACUAUUGCGACGAUAGUAGGCAAGCUGAUGUUCAGUAGUGUUAACUCUAAUUUGCAAAGGACAAUCUUGGGUGGAAUUGCUUUUGUUGCCAUUAAAGGAGCAUUUAAGGUUUACUUCAAACAGCAGCAAUAUUUACGUCAGGCACACCGCAAAAUUCUAAAUUAUCCAGAGCAAGAAGAAGCAUAAAACUGACUUCUAGUUGUUCUUCAGUCCUCUCAUCUGUAUGAGUCUGUUGUGUUGUUCUGAUUCCAUCAUUAAUGCACAGUAGUGGAGACUUGUGAUAAGCUGCUGCUCCUAUAUUUUUAAGAAGUAUAAUAAAACACUUAGGGCAGGGGGAAUCCUCUCAGUAAUCACGGAGCCUAAGGAUGUGAUUUGUUCUCAUUGUUUUACUGCUUUCAUGGCAGUCAUCUGAACCAUUGUCUUAGCAUGGGAAACCUGGGAUUUGUUUAUGUUUUCUCCAGGCAGAAAUGUCAAAAUCAGACUGUGCAAAUACUAAAAAAUGCACACACUGUUU